AUGGCCAAAUGCAUCUGUGCUAUCGAUCCGUAUUGUCAAGUUCCAGCUGUUGCAUAUGAAUAUUUCUUUACACAAGGAACCGUUUCUGAUAGCGCCUCGUUUAAUUACGUUCCAGGCUGGAUUCAACGAUGUCUUGCUGUUGAUUCUCUUCUACUUUCAUCACUCGAAUGUUUGUAUGAAAAUUCCGCUUGUUUUCCAUUCUUACUGGCUAUUUUUUCUCAGUGGGAUGAGUAUCCACCUGAUCUUGUCCCAAUGAUUUAUGACCCAACAACGACUCGAUUCUCUCAGCAAGCAAAUAUUUCCACUAUAUUCAGAGAGAUGAUGAUUGAACAAUGGUAUUCUUCAAUAUCUUAUGAGUCAUUCUAUAACGCAUGUGCACCUACUUAUUGUGCUUAUUCUGAAAGAAUGCAUACAAAAAACUUUCUCGGAGUGAUCAUAACAUUACUAUCAAUGAUUGGUGGUAUGAUGGUUUCACUAAGAAUUUUCACACCUAUUCUUAUCAAAAUGGUUAUUCGAUUAUUGGUCAUGAUUAGGAAAGGCAGACAGCAACACCCACAACGAAUCCAUCAAAGUUUUUUCAUUCAAAUGAAGAUCAUCAUAUAUGAUGAUAUCAAAAUUUUGUCAACAAAACUACUUGACCUGAACAUAUUUGUAUCAUCGGAGUUUGGUAGCAAUGUUGAUCGACUCACAACUAAAAACUAUGGCCGAUGGGCAACUCGUCUCUAUGUUAUCUUAUUUCUUAGCAGUUUCAUCGUUCUCACCUUGUAUACAAUUAUUCAAUCACGUACUGUGACAACAACAUUCAUCCAACCCUCAUUUGAUACUUAUGAAAUAUUACAAGAAAUUCAUGGCAAUCAACUCAAAUGUUUAUGUUCACAGAUUGCAUCAGCAUACAAUGCGUUUGUUGGAAUAACACCAGUAUUUCAUCCAAUUUGUUCAAGUGAGUUCGUACAAAAAGAAUGGCACAUGAAAAUAAUAGAUGGCCUUAAAUUGAACUUCUCUACUUAUUCAUUCAAUGAUUAUCGUCGAUUCCUUUCUGCUCAUCUUCAAUAUCUUCAAGGAUUAUGUCGAAUCUCACAAGAUUCAGUUAACAAUGCGAUCAAUGAACUUCUUACGUCACUAUUGGUCACUACUGAACUUCUCUCUCAACAAGACUUUCAUCAUCGUAUCAACAUCACAAUCAAACAAAGUGAAUCCAAUGCUCCAAUUCUCUUAUCUCGUUUUCUCUUCAUCUUUCAAAGUGUGGUUCAUGGAAAUGCUUUUAUGACAACAUAUCAAACUAAUUUUCAAUAUUUUACUCGCUUUCAUGAUGCCGCCGAACUUUAUCUAUUUACAGAGGCAAUGGUCUAUGAUGAUAAUUGCUCAUGUGGACUAUCCCCACAUUGUACAACCCAAGCAAAUUUCAUUGAAAACAAUUCUUCAGAAAGAAUUGGACUUAUCGGACUCAGAAUAGGAUGUUUACCCAGUGAAUCUUUUCAUUUAUCAACUCUCGAAUGUUUUCAGAAUCAAUCAUGUGUUGAUCUACUUCAUCAAUACACAAACUAUCCAAACAUUACUGUUCCUCAUUUUAUUACAUCAAAUCACUUUCUACCAAAUACAACUGUUGAUGAGUUGAUAGGCCAUGCAUUUACUGAACAAUGGAAAACACAAAGGAACUAUUCACAAUACUAUCAUCGAUGUUCACCCUUAUCAUGUUCAUAUUCUUACACUGAAAAGUUCAAUAUCUUUUACAUCAUUGCACUUUUCCUCAGUCUUGAGGGUGGUUUGACGUUAGUUCUGAGAUGGAUUUGUCCGAAACUAAUUCGAACUGCAUUCAAAAUGCGUGAGUAUUAUCGUAGAAGACACAUGACAUCAGUUCAUCCUGCUCACUCACCUUCGACCACAUCAGAUCAUUUCGACUGUACUACUGAUCUUCAAGCAUCCAACCGAACAACUAUUUCAUGGACUCGGUAUUGUUCCAAAUUAAUUUUCGUAGCUAUCACACUGAUGCUCCUAAUGACUAUUAUUGCGAUAUUUUCGGUUUAUUAUGCGAGAAAAGUGAUGAAUAAAACAACAGGUCGAAAUGAGAAUACAACAACGAUAACAAGUACAAUGGUGACGAUAUCUUCGACUACGACAAAUUCAUUAUGUCAAAAUAAGUUUCGACUGGUGUCAACCAACAUUUCUUGUUUGGAUCGCACCGUGCAACGGCUUACUGUGACAAGUGGCGACUUCAACGGUGAUAAACGAAUGGAUCUGAUAUAUUCGUGCGGAUUUGAUGAAGAUGAGACAGUGGUUGUCUCGCUAAGUAAUGGAAAUGGAACAUUUUCUGAUUCAAUGAUCUUUGUCUUGCCCAGAUCUCAUCGGGUCAAAUCUAUUAAUAUAGCUGAUUUUAAUAAUGAUGAUCGAUCUGAUAUACUUCUAGUAAUGGGAAUUAAUGAUAUUCAGGGAAAGUUAAUGACAUUAUUAGGAAACGGCAAUGGAACAUUUCAAAAUUCAACGAUGUUGUCGCUUGGUGAUAUUGGUCAAAUAACUCAUGUCAAUAUUGCUGACUUGAAUAAUGAUAAUCGAUUUGAUGCGCUCCUAGCACUAUGGCUUGGUGAAACGGCAAUGUUAGCCAUUGUAUUCGGCUAUGGUAAUGGCACAUUUCAGACACAGUCUGUAGUAUCAUCUAUCGCAUCUGUGGGCAGUGUAGAUGAAUUAAUACUGAUUGAUAUUAAUAAGAAUAACAUGUUGGAUAUCGUUGUAUGUUAUGCAUUGCUUAAGAAUGUUCAUAUACUAUUUGGACAGAAUAAUGGAAGUUUUUCAUCGGCAUUUUCAUUAAUGAAACACGGGCUGAUGUCGAUGCCAUUAUGUAUUAUUGAUAUUAACAAUGACGGUUAUCUGGAUAUUGUCCUAUACAGUCCUGAAUCUUUGCAUAUCCACGUCUUUCUUGGAAGCGCAGAUGGAAUUUUUGAAAUGCCAACAUCGCUAUUCACCAGUUUUACUCCUACGAUCAAAUAUGUAAUAACUGGUGACUUCGAUAGUGACAAUCAAUCUGAUAUUGCUGUUUUUUACAAUGGGAAAGAUCUUGAAUAUAUAGUCUAUAAUUAUUUUAAUGAUAGUUUCCGACGGAAAGAAAAAAUCGAUGUGAAAUUACUUGGAAAAAUGGAUAAAUUUCUUGUGAGUGAUAUAAAUAAUGAUAAUCAUGUGGAUAUUGUUAUUGAUAUUGUUAUUGAUAUUGAUAUAUACCCUUCCCACGCUAUCGAUGUACUAUUUGGAUAUGGAAACAAUCGAUUUUCUGCACAAAGGGUUUAUUCGAAUGAGCAGCGUUCUCGUGAUUGGUUUGGUGUUAUCGAUGUGAAUAAUGAUAAUUAUGAAGAUAUAGUCAGUAUUAGUAUGGUGUCGAAGGUUAUUGACGUUCUGUUAAAUAAACAUGAAUGCUCUAUUUUCUGA